UCUUGUCACCCGAGUGAGUCGGAGGAGGACCGGCACCGGCACCGGCACCGGCGGCACCGGAACCACCGGCGGCGGCGGAGAUGCUGAGCUCGGUGAAGAUGGAGGGUCACGAGACUCCGGACUGGACUUGCUUCUACAGCGACGAGGUGUACUCCCCGAUGGCGGCGGCGGGCCUGGGGAUGGGGUCGGUGUCGGGCUACGUGCCGGGCGGCGGCGGGGCGGCGUCGGCCUCCUUCAACGUGGCGUACGGCGGGCCCGGCAUAAGCCCCGCCCCCGUGGGCGUGUCCUGCCUGGGCAACGGGGGGAUGGGCGGAGGAGCCACGAGCCCGUGCGGCGGCGGGGCCCAGGCGGGGGCGCACCACCACCAGCACCAGCACCAGCACGCCUACGGCGGCGUCAGUCCCGCGGCCCAGUACGGCGUCGGCGGGGGCCGCGGCCGCGAGGGGAAGCCGCUGAGACGCAGCUACCCGCACGCCAAGCCGCCGUACUCGUACAUCUCGCUGAUCACGAUGGCCAUCCAACAGGCGCCCGGCAAAAUGCUGACCCUGAGCGAGAUCUACCAGUGGAUCAUGGAGCUGUUCCCCUUCUACCGGAACAACCAGCAACGCUGGCAGAACUCCAUCCGCCACUCGCUGUCCUUCAACGACUGCUUCGUCAAAGUGUCGCGCUCGCCCGACAAACCCGGCAAAGGCUCCUACUGGACGCUGCACCCCGACUCCGGCAACAUGUUUGAGAACGGCUGCUACCUGCGGCGCCAGAAGCGCUUCAAGUGCGACAGGAAGGCCCCGGCGGAGGGCGGCAAGGAGCGCCGGGCCGGGGGGUCGCCCUACGCCGCCGCCGCCCCCUCGCCGCCCCUCACGUCCGGCCCCGAGGGCGCCAAGUCGGCGGGUCCCCAGCUGCUGUCCAACCUGUGUCUGCCCCCCCACGGCGUGGAGCUGAAGGGGGACGCCCACUACGCUUUCGACCACCCCUUCUCCAUCAACAACCUGAUGUCGUCUCCCGAGCACCACAAACUGGACCUGAGGGCCUACGACGCCCUCCAGUACUCCACCUACGGCGCCGGCAGGAGCGCCGACCCGCUGGAGGCGCCGCCUUACUACCAGGGAGCCUGCGCCAGGGCGCUGCUCAACACCUCUUAGG